AUGGCUCUGGAUGACUGUGAUAGAAUUAGUCUGAUUCCUUCUUAUUGGUAUUCUGAAGAAGGUCUUGUAAUAUUUGAAAAAAUUCAAGGAUCAUCUGUUCAGAUAAUACAAAAUAAAGAUGAACUACUUUCAACUAGUAUAUUACAAGCAUUAGAAAGAAUUCAUAGACAAGAGACUAACAUCAGAAAUGUAAUGGAAUUAGAUUUAAAAAAAGUUUCAUAUGACCAUGGUCUUAGGCUUUGUAAAAAGGCUUUAAAUAUAGCAAUCAAAAAUGAUUCUAAUAAUGUUUUAGAAGAUAUUUUACAAUAA